AUGGCGUCAACUUUGUUUCAGCAGUACGUCUCGUGGGUUCGCGAGAACAAGGAGAAUGCGCUGAGUCUGGAGCGGUUCACACAGAUAGCUGCCAGGAUUGCCACCGACCCACGCAACCUUGUCACCGCUGAGCUCUCGUGGACGCUGAUCAAGCUUCACUCACUCACGAAUAGGGUGAUCCUCUCGACGGCAGGUCGACGCGUGGGACGCACCGAGCAAGCCAGUGUCAUUCUCAGGACAGUGUCGGAGGUUGAGUGUCUACUGGAGCUGGGACUGCGCCGCUUCUGCGGUCAUGGGACGGCGUGGAAUGUGUUGUUGGUUCUUGAAGCAUUUAAGUGCAUGCUUAAUGUGUUUGUGCACCAGCAGCUGUUCAUUGUGCCGUGGAUAUGGCCCGCUGUGCGCCGGCGGCUGCGACUGAUAUUGCAGCAAUUCCUCAUGCUUCCGGAACACGUCAAGCAGGCAUCCUCGGCGGUGAUGGAGAAGUUAGAUGCUACAUUCUGCGGUCAUGUCCCAUUGGCGCCGAUGCAGGCAAGCACGCCUGAACACGCAGACACACGACUCGUCAUUCCUCGUGUUGCGGUACGACGGAUGCAUCACCGGACCGCAGCGGAGGCCGGCGAAAAAGAGCUGGUUGCGGGAGCCAGUGAAGGCUUUCCGUGUACGGCGAUUGACUUACUGGGGCUUUUGGUGGACCUUGUUCUGGUGCUUCGGCCGUUGCUGUUGUUGUUCUGCGCUAAGCGCGUGUUUCCAGCUGGCGCGGCGGGCAUUGCUGCACUACCCUUCCCAUCGAAGGCGCAUGGCGACGGGCGCGACAAGCAGAAGGACGCGGACUACCGCGACGAGCUGCUCCUGGUACAGGCGGCAGUGAAUGACGGGGUGUCCAGGUCGCUGCUCUCCAGCUGGGGAGUAGGGCUGUCGUUCUUUGGCCUGGACGCCGCGCUUGCCCUGCUUUCGCGGUACAUCCGGCGCCACCGUGUGCCGGUGGUGUACAUCAACAACACCGAGGCUUGUACCGAGGCGAAGGACGGUGAGGUCUCCUCGUGUGGCGACGAUGCCGGCAUCCCCCCGUGUUAG